AUGGAUAAGCAGUUGCUUUUGCUUCUUCUACUAAUCUCGUUGAGUCAUUAUGCCGAUUCUGAUUCUGGCUCCAUUGUCAAGUUUCUUCCUGGUUUUGAAGGCCCUCUUCCUUUCGAGCUCGAAACCGGGUACAUUGGUGUAGGUGAAGAAGAGGAAGUGAAAUUGUUCUACUAUUUCAUAAAAUCUGAGAGAAAUCCUGAAGAAGGACCUGGUUGCUCUUCUUAUUUGGAUAAGCGGAGGACCUGGUUGCUCUUCUAUCAAUGGCCUUCUUUUUGA